AUGAUUCGUUCUAUCCUUAUUCUUCUUGUCGCCUUGGCCGCUCUCUCUUUCGCACAAUACGGUUACGGAGGAUACCCAGGCAUGAUGGGCGGUUAUGGUGGCUAUCCAGGAAUGAUGGGAGGAUACGGAAUGCGACCAUACGGAAUGAUGGGCGGUUAUGGUGGAUAUGGUGGCAUGGGAAUGGGAAUGAUGCGCCCUGGACUUCUUGGAAUGCUCAUGGGAUAA